AUGGUCGUCUCGUGCGCUGCGAACACCCCGAAUGAACGGAAGUACAUUAUAUCUGCACAUAAGCGUUACCUGAGCGAAUGUGUUCAUCACCGACUGUCACAACAUAUCGUUGCACUCUGCAAGGGUGACGAUAACAGUCUCGAAGCUCCGCCCGCACAUCGUGAUUCGAUAAAGAAAGGGAAUACGGAGGAGACCGUACACGACCAUGACGCUUUCUGUGUCUUUGUCUAUCUGGUUUUUCCAUUAUGUUUGUCCGUGCCGUUACCGUGCCUGUCUGACGUUCUUCAUAGCGUUUCAUGUAUCUCCCAGCCAGUUCACGAUAACGUCGCAGCUUUCAAAACACCGUGCUUAUCAUCAACGAUAAAAAGCAUUAAAGAAGAAAAACUCACCACGGCUGUAGAGAUCACAAAACCAAAGAAGCCACCGGAUGUUCCAAAGAAACAAAAAGAGCAGAAACUACCCGCAUUGGUCGAUGUGAAACAGAAAAUAUUCAAAUUUUCACCAAUUACAAAGACAGAAGAGAAGAAGAAGGAACCUACAAAAAAACAUAUUCCAAAGUUAGCUCCAUUACAAGAGAAACCGCAGCCGAAAAAAGGAGAAAAGGACAUUUCUGCCCGCUCAUUUCAUAACACUUUUUUAACGGAACAUUUCGAUAAUGCUGAAAUCACAAAUAUUAUUAUGCCGUUCAAACUAUUAGAUUUCGUACAAGCGUUUACUACGUCAGUUGGGCCAUCUGCUGACCAGCGCUCCACUGAGGAAAUGAGAGGAGAUACUCUCUACAAAGUGAAGGACGAUUUUCCGGACUUAAUUUUGCCUCCGCUGAAAAACAUCGACCACACGCUACCGUAUCUACGCGAGCUCGACGUCCAGGCUACGCCAGCGUGUACACCGGGUCGUGAGCGACCGUUUGGAGUUCGUGCGCUGAAAGCGUUUCUGAAUCCCCUAGCUCGUACGCAAGCUGGAACUCCGGUUGCCCUUAGCCCUGCGAAACCUGACAAACGUUUACGCACCCAAUCCGAAGAAGAUUCGAUGGAGUUCGUCAAGCCAGAUCGUUCACGAUCGAAAGCGGUGUUAUCGCUUCCCCGUGUGACGCCGCAAAAUAAGCUGGGCCCCGUUGAAGUCUCGCCGCGAGAACCGGAGCCAGCGAUGGUGGCACAAGCAGCUCCACAAGUUGCGACGCAGCAGAGCAAAAUGGUGACACAGAAGAAACCGACACCUUCUGGACGAAAGAGGAAAGGAAGAACUUUGCGGCAACACUUUCAACGGCUCAAGAAUUUUGUGUCUGGCAACAAACAACCUCCGGAACAGCAGGAAAAAGCGCCAGGAACAUAG